AGACUCCGAGGGAGGAUUACUAAACAAGGUGGCUACGAGAAGAGAUGUUAAAGAUCUUCUCUUCCUGAUGAAGGCGAGAGAGAAUUAGGUGUCAUUCUUCAUAUCCUACAAAAAGCAACGCGAUACGUGAUAGCUGAGGACGCGGCCUGCAUAAUAAUACUUCAUUUAAAUUCAACUUUCAUCCUGCGUUGCCUUACCUUGCGGUUUUAUGAAGUUUGAAGGGAGGCUGCAAAGAGAGCAGCUAUUCCCAUCAGGCAGUUGAUAAGGAUACCCCGCGAGAUGCGGUCGAAAAAUACCACCAAGAUUUGAUAUCUGAUCGAUACGGAGAUGGUGAGAAGACAUCAAAAGCUGUUCAGAUCAUCGUUUAUUUAAGGAAUAGUCCCACCGAUUGAAUAUCCUAUAAAAGCCAUCUUGUAUGGUAAAGAUGACACGACGCUCACAGACUAAACGCGGUGUGAUUGCGAAGCCUUGAAUCGUCACCGUUUAUAUUUACCGAUUUCACAGAUUUACGAGAAGAUAUCGAUCUCGAUCCCUAUCUUAACAUAUCAAGAUUCUAAGCAGGUCGUUUUUUUUCUAACAUAAAUGCACAGAUCCUGGAUUAAACAUCAUCAAAGAAUGGCUCUUUCCCCUAUAUGCAAUUUCGAACGCAACUGUAUAGAGUUCUACUCCAAAAGGGAAAUAUUUUUAUUUAUUGGUCACGAUCUGAUCAAAUCGAAAGAGUAAUUUAGAUCAUUUGCAUCGCAGUGAUUUUUUUAUAGAAGAUUGUCUUGUUCGAAGCUAAUUUGUGAAACAAAAUAAAGAGGCCCAGUGGACGCCAUUGCUAACACCACUUCUGUCCUGGAACAGGUUGUAAAGACAAUAAUUUAUUGACGGUGAAUAAAUACCACCUUACUACGGCUUAUCUUAAACUUUUUAUGGAAUUAACAGGAUGGAACCCCGUUUAACAUCAUGCUAAUCAUCUCAAUUAUCCGUGAACUGUUGAUAGAGACAUGCACAGAUCAUGACCGAAGAGCAUCUGAUGCUUUAGAUCAUGAGAAAUUAAUGAUGGAAUCUUGUUGAGCAUGUAGAUCCUCUACGUUUAUGGGCAACAUGUGCCAAAGAUGGCGGGAAAAUGCCGACUAGUGUUUUGAUUGCUGCGAAAUUAAUGAAGGAAUCUUGUUCAACACAUCAUGUCAAUAAUAUCGCUUGUACGCUAAUCGUGCAUAGAGGCGUCACAGUUAUAUGGUGAAGGACACCAAGUAAUGUUUUGAAUCCUGUGGAAUUAUAUGAUGGAAUAUUGUUGGACUUUAUGCCAAUAAUCACAUUUGUCCUUGACUAUUUCGUAAAGGCUUGCAUGUUCUAAAUAUGGUGAACAAACCUAUCGUUUAUUGUUUGGAAAUUUGUGAUAUCAACAAGAUGGAAUCUCCUUGAGGAUCACACCAACCGUAGCGUCAAUUGUCUUAGACUCGUUUAGAAACACUCGCAAAUGCCAAGAUGGCGGAAGGCUACCAGCUUCCUUACGUCAUCAGCAUUUCUUUGAUCCUCGUAAUAGAGAUGGUAGCUGGGUUCCUAAGCAACAUGCUUGUGUUACUGAGCUACCAUGUUAAUAAACAGUUCCAGCAAAAUGCGAGUGAUCUAAUCAUCACGAACAUGAACCUCGUUGAUCUGGUAAUAUGUGUUGUAUCAAUACCUCUUACACUAAUGGUUAUAAUACGCGCGUGGGAUAAUCCGUUUAUUUGUUAUAUCCACGAAGCGACGAUUAGCUUCGCGAGUGUGGCGUCGGCCAUGAACGUUCUCGUUAUUUCGCUGGACCGCCACGAUAAGAUCACAAACCCACUGAAAAGACGAAUAUCAGUGCGCAAUGUAAAAUGGAUCAUCGGGAUCACGUGGGUGAUGUCACUGAUAGGCUUCGUGACGCCGUUUGUAGGAAUUCGUGGAGAUUUUAUGGUGACAUUUCGAGACGGAAACACAACAAGACCGGCCCUGUGUUACGAAUGGUUCCAGAUUACACGAUCAAAUAACUAUUACGAGUUGUACCACGUUCCAAUAUUCUUUCUCGCGUCUGCCGUUAUGAUGUACGCGUAUUAUUCUAUCAUUCGAGUGACUCGAGUAAAGACUAUUCAUAACGCGUUAGUGAGAGCGACCACUGUCCCCUUCCACAUGCGCGCAGAUCAACAAGGGAACAAUAGCAAGCAGAUUGAACGCGAGAACACGCCUACAUCUACGCAUCGCGAUCCGGAGAAGCGCGUAUCGCGCACCACUACGAUCAUCUUGUCGACAUUCAUAAUCUGUUGGGGACCGCACACCGCUAUUAGUAUUGUUAUUUUAGUGAAAGGUAGGACAGAACUGUAUGAUCUUCUUGAAUGGUGGUUUUCAGCUCUAGCCUACACAACCAUUCUCAUGCACCCCAUCCUUUACGUGUUCAUGCGUAGAAACUUCCGGCGCGCGUUCGCGAAUAGUUGUCUCGCGCGAGUGCUGUGUAGAAACCGCGUCGCGCCAGGUUUCACGCCCUCGCCUAGCAACCACCGUAACGCCAAGGCAUUAGCUAGCAAGAAACAGCGACAGGUCAGACCGGGUCAAGCACCUCAAAAUCAACAAUCGCAAAAAACUCAAGUUGAUGGCAGAAACAAAGAAGACCCUGACGUCACAAAGUUGCAGAAGAACACCAGGAGAUCUGCUAGAUUGGAGGCUAAGAGGAGGGGUGACAUAGACCCCCCUCCUUCCACUCUUUUCAUCACCUUAUCAACCGCUCUUGAUCGGCCUACUACUACUACAGACAAUCUCCGAACCACUUUGACGAAACAAGAAAGUAUGGAUGAUGUUAAAGCACUCUAUGUGGCCCAGGAAUCGCUCAAUGUACAAAAUAUGGAGUGAAUAGAUAAUUGGGUCAGUGCACUCUGUGGCCCGUAUUCUGGGUCCCGUCUAACAAAGAGUUACGAUUGAUCCAAUCAAUCUCUACAGUAUAUGGAAAUCCAUCCAUAACAUAUUUUUGUCUGCAGGAAAUUUGCACAAUCUCCGUGAAGAAAGAGAAUCACAUCGAAUCUUCAAGAGAACAAUGAAUGUUUGAAUAUACAUCAUAAUUAUCUAUAAAGUUUUCUGUACAAAUUUGCAUUUAAGAUUUGGACGUUGCUGGCCGUCCAUAGUUGUGGUCGAAUCGGAUCAAUCGCAACCCUUUGUAAGACGGGCUCCUGAACUCUUGUUUAAUUCUAACUGGUCGGUGUAAGCUCUACAUAAGUUACGAAUCACUUUACGCACGACUAAAUGAUAAAUCCAUAUCACUUGCGGAUCCAGGGGGGGGGGGGGGGAAUAGCCAGCCCGCCCCCCUUGAGAGCCAUAAUCAAAUGUGUAAUGUAAAUAUACCGCUUUUACCCAAGUGUUCCCCCGCCCCCUGUGAAAGUGAGGCCUUUUUUGUGGCUUUUCCAAUUUUCAGCGGAUGGAUUGACCUCCGAUUUUAGGUGGAAACCUUUUUUUUCUUGCUUAAUUGUCAAAUUUUCUUUGGAAAAAUGUGGCACCCCCCUUUGGAAAGUACUUGAUCCAUCCCUGAUCCCUAUGUAGCUGACAUAGCCCCUAAGAACAUGUUUCAGUUGUUGGUAAAGUUGCUUGUUACUUCACGAACAGCUUUAUGAAACACCCACCAGGGGCCCGUAACACAAUCGCACAACAGUCUUCUACGAUUGAUUCCAUUUACUACAAUGUACAAUCCAUCGUAAAAAUCAAGCGUACGAUCAAUCGCUAACCUUUGUGUUAAGGGACCCAGGUCUAAAGUUAUGGUUUGACUUUGGACAGUCAACUGUGAUUCAAAUCUCUAGAAGUGUAAGAUUAAUUUAUAAUAGAUCAAUUAAGGUCAACAUAUAUUUUUUGUUUGUCAGGACCAUGGACCAUGAUGUAAAACAGCUGAUUCAUUUUUCUUUUUAUAAUAAAAAAAUCAUUUGACACAUGAAACAUUUUAACUACCUGGGAAUAACGACUGAAUUUAUUUCCUUCGCCAUUAAAGCGUGAGGGAAGAGCAAAUUCAACAUCCCCAGCAAGCUAUGUAAACCUUCGCAAAGUGAUGGACCAUGGUAUAAGUCAAUCUGAGCUUCGGAAUACGGACCCAUGUUGCUCAAUACUAUAAUAGAACAGAGUGCAGAAUCGUGAGUUCACAGCUCAUUAGAACCCAAUGACAACUGGUUAAAUGUCGAGUAUUAUUUAGAUAUUACGGAGGUGUGAUCAACCAUUAAUUUUGUAUGAUCAAAUCACUUUUUAAGGAUGUAUUCUUAAUGAGAGUCUGCAUUUGACAGUUAAAGGACAAGUCCACCCCAAAAAAAGUUGAUUAGAAUAAAAAGAAAAAUCUAACAAACAUAACACUGGUUACUUCAUCAAAAUCGGAUUUAAGAUAGGAGAGUUCUGACACUUUUAAAUUUCGCUUAAUUUCACCAAAAAAAAAAGGUUAUACUCACUUGGUCGGAAUGCAAAUUACCUGACCGAUGACGUCAUCCACUCACUAUUUUUUCGUAUUCGAUAAUAUGAAAUACGAAAUAUUCCAUGUUUUCCUCAUUGUCACGUUAAUAAAAGUUUUAUUCCUCCCUGAAUAUGUGGUAUCACUAUGAUAGUAAUAGUUGUUUAAACAUUUCAUGGUUCAGUCAUGUUGGUCCUUAUUGCUAAAAUCUGUACAGAAAAUUGAAUAUUGCAUGAGUCAAAUAAUAAAAAACAAAAGAAAUAGUGAGUGAGGGACUUCAUCGACUCUCUAAUUUCGUAUGUCACUGCGUUGUACAUUUAACGUUUUUGUGAAAAAUAAGCAAAGCUUUGAAAUUUCAUAGCUUUCUUAUUUUACAUCCGAUUUUGAUGAAAUUUUCAACGUUUUCUUUGUUUGAUUCAUUAAUAAUGCAAACCAUUUUUUCUGGAAUGGACUUGACGUUUGAUAUAAAUAUGGUAUAUCUGUAACAAACACAAUCAUAAUGUAUUAUAUAGUCUUCUUUACAUUCCAUACCUGAAAAUUAGUUUGAUAGCAAAAACAAGAAAAGAAAAUGAGUUAUUGUAGGAGAACCAACUUUCAUACUUGAGAUUUUUAUGAUAAAUUAUAGCCAUUAAUCAAAUUCCAGAAUGUUUCUUCCACGAGUAUAUUAUACCCAUGCACCUCAUCUGACAACAAACACAAUCUUUCAUUUUAAAAUCAAUAGAUAAGGGCAAAAUAAAAUGAAUAACACUCCGAUUUACGAGAGGUUCACCAAAUUUAUCAGUGUUUCGAAACAUUCACAUUUUUUGAAAAAAUGUAACCUUCAAAUGUUGAUUUCAUUUCGUGCUGUACAAAAACCUAUCGAUGAAACAUAUAUAUUUUGUUUUGCUUCACUAGCAAAUUACUAUUGAAACUUUCUUUUUAUUGAAGUAAGAAUGGAAUUGGCAGGUGCUCACAGAACUUGAAUAGCUACAAUAAAUGCCUGAUGAUUCGUUGCAGCCCUUCUAAUUAGAAGGUGCUUUGUAUUGGAACAUGACUUUCAGCAUAAUACGCCCUUCAAAUAAACCCUUUAUAAUUUCACCACUAGAUGGCGCUAGCCACAUCAUCCAACUACCAAUCAUAGCUUCCUCGGGACAGUGAAGUAUCUGACUGAGCAAUUAUUUUGUUUCCCCAUUGAAUAUUCAAAUUGACAUCAUAUAUUUGUUUUAGUGGAUUAAAAAAAAUCUUAAAUCCAGUGUAUCCGAAAGAUUCAAUGGUUAGCAAUCAUUUGCCCCUGAAGGAGGAGAAUGAAAGCUUUCUUUUUUUCGAAAGUAAAGUGAAAAGCUCACACAAAAUACUUUCAGUGUAUAACCGUCACUGGUAUGAUUUGGUACACUAAGAUCUUGGGUGCUACAACUUACGCCACAUGUCGUCCCGAUAUAUGACUUAACCCUUAGGUGUUAAAAUCACACUUUGUUUCGUGAACAUAAAACCAAACACUGGAGAUAACAAAAAGUGCAAACUACCAACGGUUUAGGAGUAUCACCCAUAGACGUUAAACUAUAUACCGAGACACGUGUAGAUUAUUAAGCACUGCACGCUAUACAGUUCCAUUGCACGAUUAAUGGCGUUCAGGCGGCAAAGCCCACAGUGGAUUGAUUGAUUGAUUGAUUAAUUACCUUUUUAAUAUUCCAGUUGAAUAAAUUUUUGUAUCCGCUGAGAAUUCUGUUCAGUUGUUUAAUUCAUUUUAGACCCUUAGACUCGGAGGGCCUAUUAAGAAGUCGGGUGUAAUUCAAACUCAGGUUUAGAGUUGUGAUGUACCUAUGGAUAGCCAGUAGUUGCAUAGAUCCAUAACCGUAUAAUUUGAAUGUAUCAGCUCAUUUUUCUCUCAAAUCAUAUUUAACUGUUUCGUAAGAACAAAUAAGACAGCUUUCUUCACCAUUCACGAGUUAGGAAAGAGCAUAGUAAUCAUAAGAAAUAAACAUGUAAAAAAAUUCUGACAUUUUUGGCUUUCCAUAAUUUAGCGCAGAAUUAGACCAUGAUCUAAGUUAAACCUGACCAUAGAAUGCGGGCCUUAGGCAUGUUAGGGAAUGAAUAUCGUGACAUGAAUUACAAGAUGGGCUAAGAUGUAUGCAACAAUGUCCCACGUUUUACUUGAUUCACUAUAUGAUUCAACCAAGGGAUGGAUUUGAGUAAUUCAUAUAAUUCAUCUCCUCAAUAUGUAACAAUGAUUAUAGAGUGAAAAUGUAAUUAAAAGAAUAUUACAUGCACUGCUGUAUAGCAAUUUAUAAAAAAAAGCUGGUAAAGUAAACCUAUCCCUGGUGAAAAUGGAUUUGAUUUUCCUUGAAAGAAAAUAGUAAGUGAAUAAAAUGGUUAAAAGCACUUCUCGACUUCUGCCACAAUGAAUCUCAAAAUAACUAGACAUUAAUUUUAUUGAAUGUGAUGUACAUAGAUACAAUUAUGGCUUUGCUAUUCUUAAAAUAUAUUUUUUUGCUACGUUUAAAUGUUAUGUAAAUACUAGAUGUAAAUAUUAAAUGAAAAAAAAUCUUCAAUGUAUGAAUGCUUGUGCAAUGGUUGAAAUGAUUUUGACUAUAUGUUUCAAUUAUUAAAUCUAUGCUACGCUUGGCAUGUUGAAAUGUUUCAAU